AAGCAACACUACCAGGCAGCCCCCACCCUCGCCACAAAGUAGGCUUCCGGUUGUGACGUCACCGCUAACACGGAAGUAGGUCCUGUGCUAACGGAAAGGAGCUGUGUAACCACACAUGAAUGACAACCUGACGCUAACUCUCUCAGAGCAACGAUGUCUCCUGAUGAGCUGGUGUACUUAGGAAUACUUGCAGCCUCCAUUCCUCUGGGAUUCCUUUUCCGAUACUUCAGUCCUCCAGUAAAGCAGGGGGCAGCAUGUCUUCUGGGGGUCCUCAUCACCGUGGCAACCUGUCACGUCCACACCCUCCACUCUCUGCUGACGGUGGUGGGAACAUGGCUGAUCAUCAAGAGCAGCUGGAGGCUGGCCCCUGGACUGAGUCUCUGCUGGACCUUCCUCUACCUCCUCUUCUUCCGCCUGGUCACAUGGUUUGGUCUGCCCCCGCCCACGCCCUUUGCCAACGCCGUGCAGCUCCUCCUCACCCUGAAGAUGGUGAGCCUGGCCAACGAGGUGCACGCCUACCACGCCAACAACAAACAGGAAGCCAGCGUCUCCACCAGGUCUUCUGUGAUUGGUUGUCUGUCCAGAGAGCCCUCGCUCUAUGACGUCAUGUCCUACGCCUACUGUUAUGUUGGCAUCAUGACAGGCCCCUUCUUCCGCUUCCAAACGUACUGGGAUUGGUUGCAGCAGCCCAGUCCGCUGGCGCUGCCCGGCUGGGUGCCCUGCCUGCAGCGGCUGAAGCCGGUGCCCGUGUUUGGCGCUCUCUUCCUGGCCGUCAACGCCGUCUUCCCUCUGGCCUACGUGCGCUCCGACCACUUCCUGGACCACAACUUCUUCUUCAGGCUCUUCUACAUGGUGGCAGUGUUCUUCAUGUUCAGGAUGCGCUUCUAUGCUGCCUGGUGCAGUGCAGAGGCUGGAUGCAUCAGUGCUGGACUAGGCUGCUACCCUGAAGGAGCUCACUGCAAACCUGGCGGGGGGCCCACUGUCUGCUACAGCUCCAACGCGUCCGAAGAGAAGUACGACUUUAAAACCAUCCAGAACAUCGACUGCUACAACACGGACUUCUGUGUGAAGGUGCGACACGGCCUGCGCUACUGGAACAUGACGGUGCAGUGGUGGCUGCAUCACUACAUCUACCCCAACGCACCCUUCAGCUCCUACACGCUCAGGGCCGCAUGGACCAUGUUCAUCAGUGCCUAUUGGCACGGUCUCCACGCCGGCUACUACCUGUCCUUCCUCACCAUCCCGCUGUGCAUCGCCGCAGAGUCGGCCAUGGAGACCUCGGUCCGAGUGCGCCUGGGCCCCGCAGGCCAGGCCGUGUUUGACCGGGUCCACUGGUUCCUGAAGAUGCGGGCCUACGACUACAUGUGCAUGGGCUUCGUGCUGCUGCAGGCCUCUGACACGCUGCAGUACUGGUCCUCCAUCUACUUCCUCAUGCACCUGCUGGCCCUGGCCUGCAUCCUGCUGGGCUCCGCCCUCAAGCCAGGUAGGAACCCAGACCCUCACCUCAAAACCCGCUGACUUUUCUUCAUCAAGCUCAGAUGAACAUUUUUACUCCAAAUGUUGACUUUGACUAUUUCCGUGCUUUUUUACACAACAUUCCACCCGAGCAGUGCCAUUUAUUCUACAUUCUCUUGCAUUGAUGUGCAACACAAUAUUUACACUUCCAAUCAGCAGCUUCACAAUGUUAGCAUGAUAACAUUUAGCAUGUGUCAAAUAGCAUGUAUCAACUUAUAUGACCAAGGUGCACGGCUGCAAAAUGGGCUAAAAAGAAUAAGUUAGCACAGUUAGCAUUUGUCAAAAAUGAAAUUAUAUAUAUGACUGAGGUGUACAAUGGCAAAAACAGCUAAAAAGAGUUAGCACGCUAAUUUUAGCAUGCUAAUGGUUAGUAUGUGUUAAGCAGCAAGAUAUAUGACUGAGGUUUACGGCUGCAAAGAUACGUUAGCACGCUAAUGUUAGCAUGUGUCACGUAGCAAGAUAUAUGACUGAGGGGUACGGCGGCAAAAUUGGCCCAAAAAAAGUUAUUAGAGUUAGCAUUUGUCAAAUACCAAAUGAUAUAUAUGACUGAAGUGUACGACGGCAAAAUCAGCUAAAAAAAAAGUUAGCUAAAAAAAAGUUAGCAUGCUAACAGUUAGUGUGUGUUAAGUAGCAAGAUAUAUGGCUGAGGUUUAUGGCUGCAAAAUUGGCUUAAAAAGUUAGCAUGUGUCGUGUACCAAGUUAGAUGACUAAGUUGUAUGGCUGCAAAAUUGG